GUGAUCCUCCUGCCUCAGCCUCCCUCCCAAGGGCUGGGCCUACAGGUGUGCCCCUGUAAUUCUGAGGCUCACACACCUUAUCGGCUGCUCUGUUCAGUUCGCCUCCAGGUUAGCCGUGAGUCCGGAUCCCACCAGCCCGUGCCCUUCCUCCUUGGCGCCCCUCACACCUCCCCGCUCUCCUCCCUCUCUCCAGCCUUCACAGGGCUUUCUCUGUGCCAGCUUCUCCUGCCUGCUGCCCUUCCAUGUUCUUCAGAGUGGGCCCUCUGAGGCACCAGGCACCAGAGUGGCUUCCUCUGGGAGCACAGCUGCGGCCCACUGUCACCCCUGCCGGAGGGCUGGGACGCGCGAGGUGGAAGCGGUUUAGAGCGUGGCGAGCGCUGCCGCUUCACCGUUGAGAAAGGCGUAGAAUGGAAAGGACUGCUAUAGAUGAGCGUGGUUUGGCCCCAGCAAAAUUCGCGUUGGGCUGUGGUCCCUGGGGCAAGCGUUGAGAGAUGCUGAGCCCUUUAAGAGCAACGCUGUCCUGCUACAAGUCAAGAGUGGUCCGACAGUGGAAGAGAACCAGGAGAGGCCCGCAUCAUUCCACCGCAGGAGAUGCUUCAAAACAGCUGCGAGGUACCGGUGCCGAGUGCCCCAAGGACAGUAACGGUGAGAACAUGAAACCGCCACUUUUGAUGUUUAUUGUGUGUCUGCUGUGGUUGAAAGGCUGUCACUGCGCACCUGCUUGGAAGGACAAAACGGCCAGCACUGGAAACCUGAAGAGUAUUUCUGAGGCUGGGGAGACAGAUGUGGAUGGAGAGGUGAAGACGGCUUUGAUUGGCAUUAAACAGAUGAAAAUCAUGAUGGAAAGGAGAGCGGAAGAACAUAGCAAACUAAUGAAAACCCUGAAGAAGUGCAGAGGAGAAAAGCAGGAGGCCCUGAAACUUAUGAAUGAAGUUCACGAACAUCUGGAAGAGGAAGAAAGCUUAUGCCAAGCGUCUCUGGCAGGUUCCUGGGAUGAGUGCAGGGCUUGCCUGGAAAGUAACUGCAUGCAGUUUUAUACCACCUGCCAACCUGCUUGGUCAUCUGUGAAAAAUACGGUGGUGCAGUUUUUCAGGAAGCUCUAUCAGUUUCUGCGUCCUCCCCGGGAAGAUGACGGAAGCGGCGAGCCGGGCGGCGAGGAGUCCACCGAGGACAAUGCUGAGGUGUCGCACCUGGAGCGCGUGUUCAGCCAGAUGACCGCGGACGUGGCGUCUCUCUUCAACAGGAGCUUCCACGUCUUCACGCAGAUGCAGCGAGAAUUUGACCAGGCUUUUCUGUCCUAUUUCGUGUCGGAUACUGACGAGACAGAGCUGUACUUUUUCCCAGCUUUGAACCAAGAUCCCGCCGAGAAGGCAGACGCGGAGCAAGGCUGGGCGGUUCCCGACAUCUUCCAGCUGCUCCGCAACGCGGGUCUCUCGGUUUAUGAAAGAGUCCGCGAGCAGCUCACCGGGACCCUGCGUGCGGUGGAGGCCCCUCCGCAACGAGACCAAGGCGCCAACCAGGGAGGCCUGAGUUCAAAGCUAUUACCUGAGCAGGACAGAGGAGUGUGUGGAGAACUUGGCCAGAAUUUGUCCGCAUGCUUCAGCUUUCACAAAAGAUGCCAAAAAUGCCAGGAUUACCUAUCUGAAGACUGCCCUGAUGUGCCUGACCUACACAGAGAACUCAAUGAAGCCCUUCGACUGGUCAAUAUAUCCAAUCAGCAAUAUGACCAGGUUGUGCAGAUGGCACUGUAUCACUUGGAAGACACUGCGUAUAUGAUGGAGAUGAUGAGACAGCAGUUCGGCUGGGUUUCUGAACUGGCAGACCAGCUCCCAGAAGCUGAGGACAUCUUUCAUCCCAUAAAAGAAAUGGUACCUCCAAGUGAUCGUGAAGGAAAAUUUUCCCACCAAGAUGACACAAUGAUUCCUUCAAGCCUUCUGCCUUCCCUUAACUUCACACUUAGGAGUCCACUUGAAAAGAGGGCUGGCAGCUCUAACUUCAUUGAUUAUGUGGCAGAGAAGGUUCUUCAACACUUUAAAACUUGGUGAGAAGAACAUUAACACUUAAUUGUGGAAACUUAAAUACGUCUUUGUUCGUAUCCAAACUCCAGGAAGCCUCUGUAAUUACAGCCCAUGAUAUCUGCAUUAUGUGCAAACAAUCACCUCUUGGACAUUUGGUUCAUAUUAUUUUCUUUAGCACCAUGGUUGAUACAUAGUUCACCCUGAAUGUUCCAGUUGUUUCCAGUGAGGGCUGACUCUGCCUGCCUAAGAAGUCUAGAAGUACAAAUUAUGUUUUCCAUCUUCAUUCUCUAAGCUUCUGCCAUUUACUUAAAGCAAUGAUCACAUAUGUGUGUUAUGUUGUGUAUGUUGUAUGUAUAUGUGUGUACAUACAGUGUAAUGAUCUGCCUUGUGCCAGGAAAGAUUAAAGGGCUCAUUUCAGAAUA